GAAGCAUUGGAUAUGUCCAUUGGCCUCAGUACACAAGGCUUCCCGAGGCCUCAGCCCAGCGGUUAGCGCAGCUAACAAAAAAUGGACAUUAUAAUCUUACUAAAGCAGAACUUCUCUGGCAUGGCUUACACAUAACGUCGAAACGCCCAGGCCAUAAUUUACGGCCAAGAUAUGAAGAAGGACGGGCACCAACAUAUCUCCCGUCUUUUGUGAAGAUUCGAUAAGGCCUAUUAUAUAUCCUAUAUGGUCAUGCCUCAUUUACGCCCCUUGAAUGAUCCUGAAUUUUGUUACCUGGGCGAAGUAAUUGAUUUAUUGGCCAAACAUUACAGGGAAUGUCGUUUAUGCAUGGCCACAAUGUCGCUCACAGGGAUUGUACAGAUCUUAACAUUAUGAUGGAUGGGGCCGCUCUCUAUCCAGAUGGAUUCCAUCCUAUUCGCAUGAACUACUCCAGGGAUGGAGUCUUCAAGGUCGAACCGCUCCCUCGCAUCGACAACUCAGUUCGCUACUACUUCAUUGAUUUUGGGAUGUCAACCAAAUUUGCUACCGGAGCAUCCCCCUAUGUCGUUGGUGCUAAGGGCAGGGAUCAAGAUGUUCCUGAGCUCUCGCGGGAUGUUCCCUACAAUGCAUACGAAGUUGAUAUCUAUACCCUUGGAAAUCUAUACCGCAAAGAGUUCUUUGAAAAAUACCAAGGGAUGGAUUUUCUUAUUCCUCUUAUCGAUGCUAUGACAGAAGAAGAGCCGGACCACCGACCGUCUGCUACGGUUGCUUUACCACUAUUCCGUCGCAUUCACAAUAAUUUGGACAGCGAGCUCAUCCGGUUACGCUUGAGACCACGUUACGAGACGGUUUCGGAGCGAAUAGUUAGGGACACUUGCGGCCGCAAAAGAGGGGAUCAGCACGCUGAAGCGGUUUGUAGGGCAAUAAAAGUCGUCACUAAUUACAUUUGAGAUCUCCGAUGCUGAUCGACCAGUAUUAUUACUACCAGCAUAACUUAUCAAUACUACACAUUGGGGGCAGGAUCUGCAUUAAUGUAUCUAUACUUUCAACUCUUGAGCAUCAUACCAAAUGUAUCUAGUAGUGUAUGGCAAAAAUAUCUCACUGACUCUGCCAAUACGAAAUAACUCAUCCAGCCUA